AUGGCCUUUGCUGCUGUGACUGUCUGUUUAGAGACCCUUGAUCAGAUAUUUAGUCCUAACCCUUAUCUGAAUCUUGAUAAAGAUGAACAUUGUAAGUUUCUUUCAGAAAAACUUAGUGUUUUCCAGAGAUUUCUUGUGGAUUCUACAAAUAAGUGCAAUGAUCUUGAAAUGGUGGAAGAUUUGGAGAGACGGAUUCGAGAUGUGUCGUAUAGAGCACAAGAUUAUGUUGAGGAAUUAGUUUUAUUUAGCUGGAAAGGUUUGGACCUAUUAGAGUGUUAUGAUAGGGUGUAUAGCAACAAGGAAUGUUUGUCCCAAAUCGUAGACGAAAUCAAUUUGAUUGAAUUGGAAGUGAUGAAAAUGUAUGAGCAAAUGUCUUGUUACAAAAAAAGUAAUGAAUCUGAGUGCUAUUUGCUUGAUAAUUCAGCAGAAAAAAGUCCAGUAGUACAAGACAUUGUGGUUGGCCUAGACGACGAUGUGUUGGAAAUAAAAACCCGGCUUUGCUCUUUCUCGUCUAAGUUGGAGGUUGUCUCUCUUGUUGGUAUGGGUGGUAUAGGCAAAAGCACCCUUGCUAGAAUGGUUUAUGAUGAUCCCCUCAUCAAAUAUCACUUUAGUAUUUGUGCUUGGGUCACGGUGAAAGAUCGUCAAGUGAAAGGAUUGUUGAUUGGUCUACUUGAUGAUAUUGUUGAGUUUACAGAUGAGAUUCAUGAGAAACAUAGUGAGCAAUUGGCAGAAAUGCUGUAUAAAAGGUUAAGGUUUAAUCGGUAUCUCAUCGUCUUGGAUGAUGUGUGGACUACAGAGAAUUGGGAUCGUAUAAAAAGGUGUUUCUCAGAUGACAAGAAUGGAAGCCGAAUAUUACUAACUACCCGACUUAUGAAUGUAGCAUUACAUGCUAAAUCCAAUAGUCCUCCAUACUGCUUAAGAUUCUUGGAUUCGGAGGAAAGCUGGGAACUUCUAUGUCAUAAGGUGUUCGGAAGUAAACAUGACCAUCUGGAAUUAGAGGAUAUUGGGAAGAAGAUUGCAGAACAAUGCCAAGGACUACCUCUAACGAUUCUCGUUAUUGCUGGCCAGCUAUCUAAGAUAGAAAGGACUAGGAUAUGUUGGAACACUUUUGCAAAAACUGUUGGUUCAAUUGUUACCGAUGAGCACGAGAAAUGCUUAGAUAUACUUGCUUUGAGUUACAGAAACUUGCCACAUCACUUGAAAGCUUGCUUCAUUUAUAUGUGUGGUUUUCUAGAACAGACCGAGAUUCGUGUCCAGCUAUUGGUAAGGUUAUGGAUUGCUGAGGGUUUUUUGACUAACAGAAAGGUAAAGAACUUGGAAAAGUAUGCAGAAGAAUGUUUGGAAGAUCUUGUGAACCGUAGUCUCGUUAUUGUCAAAGAGAGGAAAUCCAAUGGUCGAAUCAAAAGUUGUGCUGUCCAUGAUCUUCUGCAAGACUUAGGCUUGAGAGAGGCUCAAAAGGAGAAUUUCUGUUGUUUCCCUGGACUCUUUUACACAGAUGAUGCUUUGCACUGUGGUCGUCGUCUCAAUUACCUUGGUGCUGACUUUAUUGAAGUUCCUUGGAAGCCAUUGCUUCCCCUCUCCCGAACUCUACUCCUUUCCAAUCACUCAAGAGCUCUGAAGGGUUUUACUCCACAGUUGUAUGGUCCUUUACUAUAUAAACUGUUGAGAGUAUUGCACAUACUACAUACUACCUUUGAUUGUUUUCCGCCUCAAGUUUUGCAGCUGGUUCAUUUAAGGUAUCUUGCGCUAGCAGUUUAUGAACCCGAAUGCCCUGAAUUGAUUUCAAGGCUGUGGAACUUACAGACCUUCAUUUUGAAUACAAGUCAAAGUGUGAAUCUGCCUAAAACUGUAUGGGAAAUGGAACACUUAAGGCAUGUGUGUUUGGGUAAAGGAUGUUUUUUACCUAAUCCCGCGGCUGGCUUCAAUGGGAUUUCUAAGGUUUUAACAAAUCUACAAACAAUAAGCUUUAUGGAUAUUGCUAGUUGUACAAGAGAAGUCGUCGUUAAUGUUCCCAAUCUCAAGAAAUUGGCAAUACAUGGACGCGGAGAAUGUAGUAGCAGUCAGCCAUCAUCAUCCUAUUACCUCAGUAAUCUUCGCUACUUGAAGCAGCUCGAAAAGUUGAAGCUUUGUGACCACAAGUUGUCAAGCAUGGAUUUUAUCCCGUCAAGUCUCAAGAAGUUGGUUCUGCAGAGGUGUUCUCUCUCACGUGGAUUUACGACCACUCUUUCUAUCUUACCCAAUCUUGAGAUUCUUAAACUGAAGUGUGUAGAAUUUGAGCAACGCACUUGGAGUCUGACUGAAGAAGUGUUCAGUAACUUGAAGUACCUAAAACUGGAUUCUCUCGAGCUUGUGGUAUGGGAUGCUAGCUCAGUAAACUUUCCAAACCUCGAACAUCUAGUACUAGAACAUUGUUACUCUAUCGAGAAUAUGCCUCAUGAAAUAGAGAACAUUUAUACAUUACAAUGCAUUGAGGUGCGUUCGUGUUGUGUGAUUGUUGAAAUGUUUGCUCAAAGAGUACAAGAGGAACAGAAGAAUAUGGGGAAUGACAACCUCAAUGUUUCUAUCCAGGAGAUGGGCAACCUCAAUCUUUCUUUCGAACAAUGUGUAUUGGAGUGGAGUAGAGUUCAACAAACUAAAAAACGCGCAAGAAGAAAGUGGUAUCUUGUUAGCCAAAAUGCAGGGAGUAGCCCAAGUUUUGGGAGCUGGACUCAAGUUGACGGCUACAGAGGAUGA